ACCAAUAUACUGCCAUUUUGACUUCAACCCAACUUCAGUGUAGACGUGCAAUCAAUAUGUGAACUAGAAAAGUAUUUUCAGUUACAUUACACAAACUCAAAAUGUGUAGGGGAAAGCUGUUAUUUCAUUUACUCGUAUAUAUAGUUGUGUGGAAAUUCCACAAUGUUACGAAGGAGGCACUGGCAAUGACCAUAGCUGAAGCGCGUGGUGACAAUGAACACGCUCACAGCAAAGAGCCGCCAUGUGCAGUCUGUCCGCGACACGGAGUCUGUGUACCCCAUGUGCAGUGCCCGGCACACAUCCGUCCGGGUUCAAGCAAUCCCCGGUGCCACUUAGAUGGCACACGACACAUUGGUGUGUGUUGUUCAACUGGAAGACGUCAUGCAGGGGAAUCGGAUCGUAAGUUCAGAUCAUCAAUAAAUAUAGACGAUAUGAAGACGGCCCACAAGCAAUCCCAAAAACAGUUGGCCCAGUGGGUAGAGCGAGCUGAUACACUAAAAAACAAAUAUUAUGCCGUCGUUAAUACAUCUGACCCUAGUUAUUGGCAUUAUUUGUCUGUUAAGACGUAUGACAACAAAGCACAGAUGUUGGGUCGAGGUGCGUUGCUUAAUUUGUUCGCUGCUCAGGAGUUGAAGGCACGAGACGCAAUAACUGCUCAGGAAAUAAACCUGGGAUUUACAGAGCAUACGGAUGGCCCCUUCUGCCCUCCGAAACUAUUAUGUCCACAAGAGCCCAGUCGAUAUAGAAGCAUUGGAGGUGACUGCAAUAACCAGAACAACCCAGAGUGGGGUGCCACCAACACCGGCUACGAGAGAUUAUUACCACCUGAUUAUAGCGAUGGUAUCUGGCAAAUGAGGACUUCAAUAUCAGGUUUACCACUUCCCAGUGCAAGAUCAGUGAGUAACGCCUUGCUUCUGGACGUCAGUCAUCCUAGUGCUACCCACAACGUGAUGUUCAUGCAGUUCGGCCAGUUUAUUGUACACGAUAUUAGCAUCGGCGUAGUGUUUGCUAUGGGUGAUGGUAAUGGAAUUUCCUGUUGUUCCGGAGAUGGAAACCUACUGCCAAAAGAGUUUCAGCAUUGGGCUUGCGCUCCGAUAAUUCUGGAUCCAGGGGAUGUUUUCUACGGCCAGUUCGGACAGCGAUGUAUAAAUUUUGUAAGAACGCAACUUGCGCCACGGAGUGAUUGCUCGCUUGGAUAUGCUAAGCAGAUGAAUGGCGCAUCACACUAUAUUGAUAUGUCUCACCUCUAUGGAAGUUCUGAAGAAAAACAUAUUAAUUUGCGGGCUCGAAAAGGACUUUUGAGUGUAUUUAAUGAUUUUGGCAGAGAUCUACCACCUUUGACAAGGAGAAGAGAAUGCUUGAAUAUGCAUGAAGGAGCUGCUUGUUUCGAAUCAGGGGAUAAUCAUGGAAAUCAGAUAAUAUCACUAACAGUCCUGCAGACUUUAUGGACGAGAGAACACAACAGAAUAGCUCGAUAUAUCUCCACGAUAAAUCCUACAUGGGAUGAAAAUAAAGUGUUUUUAGAAUCAAGAAGAAUUUUGCAAGCGGAGUACCAACACAUUAUUUACAAUGAAUGGCUGCCUUUAUUACUUGGUCCUAAACUCAUGGAAAUUUAUGGUCUAUUGCCAUCUUCUGGGUUUUCUUCUUCAUACCACCCAAGUGUUGAUCCAUCGCUGACUGCAGAGUUCUCUGCCGCGGCAAUGAGAUUUGGGCAUUCCACAGUCGAUGGCCAAUUAAAAGUCCUUAGUCCUAAGCAUAGAGGGAUAUACGAGUCUAUUUCCAUACCAGAGGUGAUGUUUCAACCUUCAAGAUUGCGUUUAAAGCCUUUUCUAGACAGGAUGCUAGUCGGGAUGUCGUGGCAGCCUAUGCAAUCGGUUGAUCCAUUUGUUACUGAGUCAUUAUCACGAUACAUGUUUCACGGUGGUAGCCCCUUCGGCCUGGACCUGGCAGCUAUCAAUAUCCAGCGCGGCAGAGACUAUGGCGUUCGUUCUUACAACGAAUAUAGAAAAUUGAUAGGAAUUGAACCAAUUGCUGAUUACCAUCAAUUUGGUUCAAAUGCUGCAAAAAGAUUAUCGUCUGUAUAUGAAAAUCCUGACGACAUAGAUCUUUGGGUUGGAGGGCUUUUAGAAGAACCGGUGGAAGGCGGAAUUAUUGGACCAACGUUUGCCAAUAUAAUAGCUGAUCAGUUCGCACGUUUGAAGAAUGGAGAUCGCUAUUUCUAUGAAUUCGGCCCCAAUAUUAAUCCCGGCGCAUUUACACCAAGUCAACUCGCAGAAAUCAAGAAGGUAACGUUAUCCAGGAUCGUAUGUGAUAACAGUGAUGGAAUAGAACUAUUUGAACAAUCACCGAACGCUUUUCUGAGAUCUGAUUUGUCAUGGAAUGAACCAGUGCGAUGCGAUAGUCCAGCAAUACCUUCAUUGGAUUUAAAUCAAUUCAAAGAAAUGUAAUCAAUUAUACAAAUUUCAACAUUAAUAUAACAUUCAUAUCUUAACCAGCUAUUUACUAUCACGACAGAAACUUUAUAUAAAGAUAUUGUAUGAUCAUCAAAAUUCAAUUCAAUAACACUGACUUCGCCUAACUCUUUCAUUUCUAUAUUUCCAUCCUUUUCUUCUUGUAUUUUAUUUACAUUUGAUUACAACAAUAUGAUUAUGUUGCAAAAGUGAUCAAAGUGAUUUUUAAAUUCGCAUGUCCGCCUUUUGUGAUACAAUCCCUU